AUCGUGUGUGGUAGCUACCGCGCGAGGUCGGCAUCCAUGUCCGCUGUAUCCUGCAUGGGCGGCGACAAUCCUACUCCUUCAGCUUUGGGGGCCUCGAUAAAUAAGUCCUGCGAUCGCACGUAGCUACGCCUCACGGAAUUGAGCGCUCGAGCUUAUUCCUUGGGAGGAUACUGUGCAUGGGCCAACUGCAGCUCUGCAUUCAUGAGUAGUCGUCCUUGAGAUCCAGCUACCGCGUUGAAGGCCAGUCUGAGUACUUAGUAGCCCUGUUGCCUUCUUUCCCUCUUUAUACAUGGAGAUGUGUGAAGCUUUUGUUUAAAGCUACCAAAAUCAAAGCUUACAGUGCAUUCUUCAACUCUUCUAGCGAUAGAUUACUCGGCGUAGGAUGAACAAAUGGCUAACAAAGCUUAUGACAUAGACGCGGUGUCGAUCCGCACCUCCAACCACGGGUCAUUUCAGAACGAACUAGAUCAGUUAUCACAACGAUGCAGCCAGAGCCAUGCGUAUCCAAGGCCUGAUCUUGAAGGUUUGAGCAGUCAUCUUCGUAGCACCAACUUUGGACGACAUGGAAGCGACGCUUAUGUUCCUGGAGAUGUAGAGGCAGACAUUAGAGACAGUAUUGCCGUUGUACAUGACUUGGUCACCGGCAAUCAAACUUGUUUCGACCCCACAACAAAAGGGCUAAACGAGUUCACAGCCCUUGAACAAGAUGGAACAUCCCUAGUUUUCAUCCGUGGACACGCCUCGUCGCAAUGGCUUCGCAUAAUCGCUGAGAAAUAUAAGAUUCUGCCAGAACUUUUUCGCCGACACUUGCAAGGCAGAGCGUUCAACUUAGAGCCGCGAAAUUUAUAUUCCUUCCCUUCAUUACCUUCAACUUCUUCACGAAUCAUCCAAUUAACCAUCUCGACGAUAUGCUCCCGAGGCAUAAACCCCUACUCUGCGGAGCCCGAAGAUCUGGAAGCUGCCCGAGAAAUUGAGGCAGAAGGACUUACCAGAUACUUUCAAAAGCUUCGGAGUGAGGCGAAAGUCGCUGAUUCAAUUAUCCGGAACUGCUACCUGGUGAGCGAGCAAGAAUAUGUGCUGGAACAGACCAUAUCGAUCGAGAUCAACCAAUCUCAUACGUCGUGGCGAGCAGUUGUAUGGCUAGACAGUGGCAGAGAUCUAUCCAAGUGCACCAACGGGCCUUGGUGUCCGCGCCCUGGCUCGCGACCGUGGGAGACAUAUUUCUAUCCUGUCAUUGUGCAUCAAGAUGUUGAACAUGCCACGAAUGUUCGACACGAAAACUUCUCGGCUCCAUCCAUGACCACCCUUCCUCGGACGAACACUUUUCGGAAGCCUAUAGCAAAACCGAAUGAACCGAAUGACGAAUGGAGAGCUGCGCAGAAUAUUUGCAUGAUUCCAAUACAAUAUGGAUAUGGGUUGGACCUUGAGGUGGCUCGCAAGGACGCACUGUAUGCACUGAGCGAGCUGUUUCAGUUCGCCGCAGCAUCAGAGUCCCAGUGCUUGAACCUACUGCAGAGCCGCAUAGAGCAUGAACUUUCCUUCAUCGGCCAAGAGGGACUAGGAAGAUAUAAUGCCAGUUCUCUACUCAAUCUGAGGUACAUCAAGACUGUUCUUACGUCACACAUACAACGGUUAGCCCAAAUAUUACGGACACUGGAGAAUCGCAAAAACAUGAAUUGGCCUUGUUCUCAUUCUCCAGUCGCCGAAAAGUCUGGAACUAGGCUGUUCAUUGACCUGAAUUAUCUUCUGUCAUGCGCACAAAACCUCAGCCUAGAGUGUGAACGUGGUAUUGGAACCCUGGCCGAUAGCUCUAUCUUGGAAGAAUCACGACGGACGCUCACUCAAGCAGAACGUGUUCGGAAGCUGACUGUGCUGGCCACGAUUUUCAUCCCCUUGACAUUCACAUGUUCAAUCUUCGGUAUGAACUUUGUGGAGCUUGGUACCGGAGAUCUUCACAUAUGGAUUUAUUUUGCAACGACUGUUCCUGUUAUCGGCAUGUCCAUAUUCAUGUAUAAUUUUGACAACAUCAAAAGACUUUUACGUUUCUAGAUAGAUAAUUAGAUAUAGAUCUAAGUCCUGGGUGCGACCUGUGGAGCGGAAGCAUGUACAUACAAAAAGCAUGUAUAGCAGCUGCACUUCGCAAGAGAAUGAUGUUAAUUC